AAUUAUUCAAUAAAUUAAACAACACCUCAACAAAUUUUCAACCCCUCACUUUUUAACAUUUUCUUCUAAUUAUUUCUCGUGCAGAAUACUUCUAUUUCUAAACGUGCAAAAACUAUCAGACACAAGCUCUUUGAACGGCCUGACAUUGUUUGUUUUGGAGGUUUGAGUUGAGUUUUAUAAAAGUGUUGGUUCAACUUCAAGGCUUCAUGAAUAAUGAUGAUUUCCAGCUUGGUUUUGAAGGAUGCAGCUGGAGUCGCCGGGAACAUCUUUGCUUUUGGGCUAUUUGUGUCACCUAUACCCACAUUUAGGAGAAUAAUCAGAAAUGGUUCAACAGAAGCGUUCUCUGGGUUGCCAUAUGUAUAUGCACUCUUGAAUUGCUUGAUUACCCUGUGGUAUGGAACACCCCUCAUAUCUCAUAAUAACCUUAUGGUACUGACCGUCAAUGUAAUAGGUGCAGUAUUUCAGUUGGUCUAUCUAGCAAUCUUCAUCGGAUAUGCUGAAAAAGAGAAAAAGUUUCAGAUGUUUGGGUUCCUGCUGGCUGAUUUUGGUCUAUUUGGAGUUAUUGUUGUUUCGAGCUUGCAAAUAGCUGACAGUUCUACGCGGUGGAUUUUUGUUGGCAUAUUGAGUAGUGCUGCUCUUAUAUCAAUGUUUGCUUCACCAUUGUUUGUGAUAAAUUUGGUGAUUCGAACAAGAAGCGUUGAAUUCAUGCCAUUUUAUCUCUCGCUUUCUACCUUCUUGAUGAGCUCGUCCUUUUUUCUAUAUGGAAUCCUUAACUGGGACGCCUUUGUUUAUGUGCCAAACGGGAUAGGAACUAUUCUGGGCAUUGUACAAUUAGUUUUGUAUUUUUACUACAGGGGGACGUCUAGAGAUGAAUCCCGAGAUCCUUUGAUAGUCACAUGUUCAUAAAUUGGUGUCCUUGAGCCACGGGUAAAGGCUCAUACACUUUGGUUAGAGUUAUAAUUCUUUCGUUCUUCGUCUUUGUGUUGCAGACAAUUUUCUACCAUAAGAGUGCCAAAACUCAGGCAUUUUGGGGUCAUGUUGAAGAAAUCAAUAACCUGGGAGAGCCAAAAUAUUGAAAAAAUACAUUAGAUAACUCCCGGCUGGAAGUUUUGAUGUUGAGGCUAAUUAGUUACGGGGCAACAUGCUGUAAUGUUUACUUUGAUUGUAUUCUUCUUAACUUUGAGAAUAUUCAAAUUUCUUGCAUAAACUAAUAAAUGGGCUCUUUGCAUUGCCAGAUUCAUGCA